UUACACAUGGAAACAAAAUAUCACACUAUAUCAUAAUCAACCCUCAUCAAUCAGAAAAAAAUCCCAAGAGAGGGAGAUUUUGAGGGAUUACUUUUCCUGUUCUUGCCUGCCAUGUCUGAGAUUGUCAAAGUAGCUUGGGGAAGAUAUCUCUUGCAGCUUCAAUCCAAUCCUCUAACGACUAAGGCGUUGACAUCGGGGUGUUUAGCUGGUUGCAGUGAUGCUAUAGCUCAAAAGAUUUCUGGGGCCAAAAAGCUCCAAUUGAGAAGACUGCUUCUUAUUAUGCUUUAUGGCCUUGUAUACGCCGGCCCACUUGGGCACUUCUUCCAUAAGCUAAUGGAAAAAAUUUUCAAAGGACAGAAAGGCAACAAAACUACUGCUCAGAAGGUGCUGCUGGAACAGGUUACUAUUUCCCCUUGGAACAACUUUCUUUUCAUGGCGUAUUAUGGUCUGGUGGUUGAAGGAAGGGCAUGGAAUUUGGUCAGGAACAAGAUCAAAAAGGAUUGGCCUACCGUUCAAUUAACAGCAUACAGGUUUUGGCCUGUUGUAUCUUGGGUGAACUAUCAGUAUAUGCCAUUGCAGUUGCGUGUUCUGUUCCAGAGCUUUGUUGCCUCAUGCUGGGCUGUAUUUCUGAAUCUAAAAGCACGAUCCGGUGCCACUAAGAAGGAAUAAAGAGGAAGCUCAUUUCAGCUUGGAAAUUUUUAAAUGUUUGGGGAGGUGGGGUUGGAGGUUGGCGUUUGGCAUGCGGACUUGAGAUUCAUUUUGCAUUUUCCCCCUUUCUGAGCUUUGGGACCUUAAUUGUUAAGUGUAAUACAAAAUUGGUUUAAUUACUAUCCCAUGAAAGAAAGGUUUCCUAUCCAUCUGUGGUUCUUUUU